GUUAUACUGGAUGAAUAUGUGUUGUGGUUGGAGUGUUAGUGUGUCCUAAAAUGUAAGUGUUCAGUUAGACGCCGCGUUUAAUGUUUUUUCAUGUAACUCUUCAUAUCAACCGACGCGCGAAGAUGAGUCGCAAUCACCCGUUUUCUGCUUUGUAGGUGCUGAAAGGGGCGACUUCAAAAGACAAAAAUCAUCAUUGUCGGUCAGCCGCCAAAGAAGGGCUGGGAGCAGCAUGGCGAUGGCGCGCUGGCUUGUCAGCUAGGCUGGGACUUGACGCGGCCACACUAGAGAGGGACUUCAGCCGGCCGGGCCAUGACGAAGAAGUUCGAGUUCGACUGGCGCAUCGAGGUGCCGGAGCCGCUGCUGCAGGGCUGCGUGUUCGACCGCUGGAGCGAGGAGAAGGACUCCUCCAGCUUCGAGCCGCGCUGCCUCUUCAAGGUCGACGAGUACGGCUUCUUCAUCUACUGGAAGAGCGAGGCCAACGAUGGUGACGUGAUAGAGUUGUGUCAGGUCAGCGACAUAAGAGCUGGGGGUGUUCCAAAGGACCAGAAACUGCUGACACAGCUGGUGGGGAAGCACGGCGACACCGUAGAGGACAAGUCUCUGACCAUCUGCAGCGGCACCGACUACAUCAACAUCAACUACCAGCACGUCGUCUGCCCCGACGCCGACACCGCCAAGACGUGGAGGGACGGCUUGCGAAAGAUCACACACAACAACAAGAUCAACAAUGUGUGCCCGCGCACCAACCUCAUGAAACACUGGAUGCGCCUCGGAAUGUUGGUGAACCCUAAGGGCAAAGUUCCUGUGAAGGUAGUUGCCAAAACGUUUGCGUCCGGGAGGACGGAGAAGAUGGUGUACCAGUGUCUGUCAGAGCUGGGACUGCCCAGUGAGAAGAAUGAUGUAAUUGAGCCUGCAGAUUUCACGUUUGACAAAUUUUACGCAUUGUACCACAAAAUAUGUCCAAGGAAUGAUAUCGAAGAACUGUUCCAGUCAAUAACACAGGGAAAAGCCGACAGGAUUAACCUUGAUCAGUUCAUCACGUUCCUCAACGAGAAGCAGCGUGAUCCUCGCCUCAAUGAAAUUCUGUACCCACUGUACGAUGAGAAGCGGGCUGCAGAAAUAAUAACGACAUACGAACAGGAUGAGGAAGCCAAGAAUGAGAAGAAGCUGACAAAGGACGGACUGAUUCGGUACCUGAUGUCCGAUGAGAAUGCGCCCGUCUUCCUGGACCGGCUGGACUUCUACAUGGACAUGGACCAGCCACUGGCCCACUACUACAUCAACAGCUCGCACAACACCUACCUGACGGGCCGCCAGUUCGGCGGCAAGUCCUCCGUCGAGAUGUACCGCCAGGUGCUACUGGCAGGCUGCAGGUGUGUUGAAUUAGACUGUUGGGAUGGCACAAAAGAUGAUGAAGAACCGAUAAUAACUCACGGAAAGGCCAUGUGCACAGAUAUUUUGUUCAAGGAUGUGAUUUACGCCUUGCGAGACACUGCGUUUGUUACUUCGGAGUACCCGGUGAUUCUGUCAUUCGAGAAUCACUGCUGCAAAGCCCAGCAGUAUAAACUGGCCAAGUACUGCAACGACAUCCUGGGGGACCUGCUACUCAAGGAGCCACUGCCGGACUACCCGCUGGAACCGGGAGCGCCACUGCCGCCACCUAGUGCGCUGAAGAACAAAAUCAUGAUCAAAAACAAGAGGCUGAAGCCCGAUGCGGAGAAGCAGGGGCUGGAGCUGUUCCGGAAGGGGCAGUUCGUCAUAGAGGACGAAGAGAAGGAGGACGCCUCGGCACCUGGCGAGCCCAAGCCGGAAGUUCCGGAGGAGGUGGCUGCACCCGAGGGCGAUGCCCCAGUGCCCGUGCCGUACACGGGCUCCACCACCAAUGUCCACCCUUGGCUUUCCUCCAUGGUCAAUUAUGCCCAGCCCAUCAAGUUCCAAGGAUUUGAUGUUGCGGAGAAGAAGAAUAUUCAUCACAACAUGUCAUCGUUUGCCGAGACUGCGGGACUCGGUUACCUGAAAUCGCAGGCGAUCGAGUUCGUCAACUACAACAAGCGCCAGAUGAGCCGAAUUUACCCUAAAGGAACUCGAGCUGAUUCCUCCAACUACAUGCCACAGGUUUUCUGGAAUGCGGGCUGCCAGAUGGUGUCGCUGAACUUCCAGACGUCCGACCUGCCCAUGCAGCUGAACCAGGGGAAGUUUGAGUACAAUGGGAACUGCGGCUACCUGCUCAAGCCGGACUUCAUGAGAAGGGCUGACCGAAGUUUCGACCCAUUUGCCGAAUCCCCAGUGGAUGGUGUCAUUGCAGCACAGUGUGCAGUGCAGGUAAUAGCUGGGCAGUUCCUGUCAGACAAGAAAGUCAGCACUUAUGUGGAAGUAGACAUGUACGGCUUGCCUACAGACACAAUAAGAAAAGAAUUCAGGACACGCAUGGUUCCAGGAAAUGGGCUGAAUCCAGUGUACAAUGAAGAACCGUUCCUCUUCAGAAAGGUGGUGCUGCCCGAUCUGGCGGUUCUGCGGUUCGGUGUGUACGACGAAAAUGGGAAGCUGCUGGGGCAACGCAUCCUGCCACUGGACGGCCUGCAGGCUGGCUACCGCCACAUCUCGCUGCGCACGGAGGCCAACUUCCCCAUGUCACUGCCCAUGCUGUUCUGCAACAUCGAGCUGAAGAUCUAUGUGCCUGAUGGCUUUGAAGAUUUCAUGGCCGCACUGUCGGACCCGCGUGCCUUCCUCUCUGCACAGGAGAAGAGGGCACAGCAGAUGAAGGCAAUGGGCAUUGAGGAGACAGACAUCUCAACGCAAGGGAUCGUGGGCGGCGAAAGCGGUGGCGGAGGUGGGGGAGGUGGCGGUGGGAAGAAACCCAGCAAGUCCGGCAAGCAGGGUGGCGGAGGCGGCGGCGUGGCACCGGAGGAGAAGAAAGAAGACUUGAAGUUUGAGCCGAUCACGGUUGACUCCCUGCGGGCGGAGAAGGGCUUCCAGAAGACAGCACGCAAGCAGCAGAAGGAGCUGGAGGCACUGCGGAAGCGCCAGCUCAAGGAACGUCUUGCCGUGCAGAAGCAGCAGUGUGCCGCGAUUGAGAAGCUCAUCAAGGGCAAGAAUAAAAAUGAACUCGCAUCAGAUCCGCAAGUUCGAAAGGUCGUAGCCGAGCAGACAUCGCAGUGGUCAGAGAUGGUGGAGCGGCACCGAAAAGAAGAGUGGGAGAUGCUGAGGGCACACCUCCAGGAUCAGCAGGAGAUCCUGAAGAAACUCAUGGAGACUGUACAGGCGAUGCAAAUAAAGCAAUUGGAAAUGAAACACGAAAGAGAAAUGAAGGAGAUGAAUUCUCGUCAGGCAAAGAUCUCAGUGGAAACGAUGAAGGAAGUUGCCAAUGACAAGACUCUGAAGACUAAAGGGGAGAAGGACCGCAGGCUACGAGAGAAGAAGCAGAACAACACGAAGAAAUUCAUGGACGAAAGGCGAAUGGCUCAGAUGAAGCAGGAUAAGGAGCGUGAGAAGCUGAAUGUGAAGCACAAAAAGCAAGCUGAGGAUGUCCAGACAGAACUACAGAAUCUCAUCGAAAUGUACAAAAACGAGGAGAUCGAAUACGAGCUUGCACCGAAGAUGGAAUUUUUUGCAUAAGCCACUGUAAAAUUUUGCAGCAUAUGUGCUGUGCCAUACUUCUUGCCAAUACGCUGACCCGGACAGGUGCGGAGGAGUCGACGUCGAAUUAUGUCGCCCCGUCCUCUCUCUGAACCUACAUCCGUUUCCUGUAAAAGUCUGUCUUCCUGUGCCACUGUUGUAGCAUUUAUUCCCAAAGCAGGCAUAUUCUUGAGCCACAGAGUUUGCCCUGCUGCACACUAAUUUUGCCAACUUGAGAGAGAAUGUGGCUUUCCAAAGAUUGUGUAACUGUUUUCUUGUAAAAUAACUGGAGGUCUUGUCUUUUCCUCUCUCUCUCUCUCUCUCUCUCUCUCUCUCUCUCUCUCUCUCUCUCUCUCUCUAUCUCUCUCU